ACCAACAAACAAACAAAAACAGAGACACCUGUACACACACACAAACAUGUACAUACACACACACACAUACACACACAGAAACAUGUACACACACGCACAGGGACACAUGAACACACACAUACAUACAGACACAUGUAUACACACACAGGCACGUACAGACAUGCAUACACACAGAUACAUGUACAUACACAGAAAUACACACACAGACACAUGUACAUACAGACACAUGUACGUACAUACGCACACACACACAGACACAUGUACACACACACAUAUACAAUUGUACAUGCAUACACAGACACACACAAACACACACACGUACACACAAACACACACAUGUACACACACACACACACAUACAACCCCCCCAUAAAAAGUUGCAGUACUUCGUUGUUCACUCACAGCUCCGCAUACUGCACUCUAGGGGGAGGCAGAGAGCACAGCACACACUCCUUGCUUUGCUUGCACUGUGCUCAGCUAUUGAGCAGUCUGACGGCUCCCAGUGCCAAUGACAAAUCCAGCCUGAGCUCCGAGCCUGCUCAGCAAGAUAGCCCUGGGGGACACGCUCGCCCCCACCAUAAUUUCCACUCACCAUUGGCGAGCAGGCGAGUGGAAAUUUCAAGC